AUGCCAGGAGUUGACCCAUCAUCUACUAGGACCGCUGCUACCGAUGAAGAUGGAGCGGAUCACAUCGGCUCUGACACACCACGGUCUGGCGUAGCGACCCCUCAACCAGACCUCCACGACAAACGUCUGCCGGGAAUCAUGAGCUACUUCAGCCAGGUUCGUCAAGACCCUUCUGCAAACGAGUCUUCUGCUUGUGCUUCCUCUGUUCCUCUGGUGUCUCCCAGCUCUGGGUCACCGCCUUUAUUCUUGGAUCAGCCGUCACAAUUGCCGGUCCAGAAUGAUUGUCCUGCAUCUUCGGAGAAGCGACCACGGUGUCAGUCUUCUUCCAAGAAGUCGUUGCGCUGCAGCCGAAGGAUAUCAGAUUGCCAUCUCCCCAUGCGUUUGGACAAGCUUGAUUCCACUUCGAGUCACAUCAUACCACCAACCGUGAUUUCCCAUUCAUAUCCAACUCCCCCUUCUUCACAGCCAUCAUAUUCCGAAACCUCUUCUUGUAAAGGCAGAAACUUCGAAAACGGAGCGACCGCCAGGACGACCUCUAAGAGAUCGUCAAGAAUACAUGAGGGUCGCGAUGGUAUAGGCUCUCUGGCACCUCCAGUCUCAACUCAACCAGAGACGGUAGGGGCUGAGCUUGUUUCUCCUGCCACUUCACAAAUUCCACCCCAAUCGUCAUCUUCGUCAUCGUCAACUUCUAAAACUUCCCCCAAUCUUUCCCAAACCUCUGCCCCAAGCAAGUGGUUUUCGCUCGAGGGACUCAAAGAACUAACUCGUGGUGUCAUCUUCAAGAGCGGUCCGCCGACUCCCACGAGAGCCCUCUCUGCCGCUCACUCCCACUCUGACGGCAGAGACACUCCAGGCAGAACUAGCAACGAUGGAGCAGAAUCAGGCAGCGGAACUCAAACUCCACGAACUGCCGGCGUCCAGCCUCCUGCGCAAAAGGGCAAGCUAACCAUUAAAAUCGCCGAAGCACGUGGAUUGCGAAAGUGCCGAGAUCCCUAUGUUGUCGCAGUGUUUCAACGAAGCGAACUUAUCUCGGGCGGUCCGAGACCCGUUGAAGAGGAGGAAACGCUCAGCGCAACGCCAUCCGGCCUUGGUGGCAUCCCUAUACAACGCCAGGGCAGCGACUCUGGCCGCCCGCCCAUGGCGAUCCCUAUGCGAAGUCGUCAAAGCAGUAAUACGAGCAUCCACGAUUAUAAUACGUUCCGUAAUCGAACCUUGCGAACGCCAUCUAGCAAUCCAAAAUGGGAUGCUGAAGCAGUUUUUGAUGUUGUUGAUACCGAUAUGUUAGUCGACAUUUCCGUUUACGAUCAUUCCGCCACUGGUGAGGAGUUUCUCGGGCACGUCGAUUUUCAAGCUCGAAAAGACGGCGACAGCCCUGUGAGAGGAUGGUUCACCUUGCGCGGACACGCCGAUACGGUUGCCGAAAAUGCGCCGACUGGCGAACUAUACGUUGAAGCCUUUUAUCAGAGGUCCGAGAAAAAACAUUUCGGACCUAGCGAUUUCGAAAUCUUGAAGCUCAUUGGCAAGGGCACUUUUGGGCAGGUCUACCAGGUGCGAAAGCGAGACACUCAACGAAUCUAUGCAAUGAAGGUGUUACAAAAGAAGGUGAUUGUGCAGAAGAAGGAGGUGGCGCACACUGUUGGGGAACGCAAUAUUCUUGUCCGCACGGCCACCACCGAUUCGCCCUUUAUUGUUGGUCUCAAGUUCUCGUUUCAAACGCCUUCCGAACUUUACCUGGUCACCGAUUACAUGUCUGGAGGAGAGCUGUUUUGGCAUUUGCAGAAAGAAGGCCGAUUCGAUGAAAGAAGAGCCAAGUUCUACAUUGCCGAGCUGAUUCUGGCGAUUCAGCAUCUGCACAACAACGAUAUCGUUUAUCGCGAUCUCAAACCGGAAAACAUCCUCCUCGACGCCAAUGGCCACAUUGCGUUGUGCGAUUUUGGCUUAUCCAAGGCUAAUUUGACCAAGAAUGAUACUACAAAUACCUUUUGCGGAACCACCGAGUACCUCGCCCCCGAGGUUCUCUUGGAUGAGUCUGGCUAUACCAAGAUGGUAGACUUCUGGUCUUUGGGCGUUCUGGUCUUUGAGAUGUGCUGCGGUUGGAGUCCUUUCUAUGCAGAAGACACCCAACAAAUGUACAAGAAUAUUGCCUUCGGCAAGGUCCGAUUCCCUCGCGACACCCUGUCGCAAGAAGGGCGCAACUUCGUUAAAGGAUUGCUUAAUAGAAAUCCAAAGCACCGACUCGGCGCAACGGACGAUGCGGAGGAGCUAAAACGCCACCCCUUCUUUGCCGAUAUUGAUUGGGAUAUUCUCGCAAAGAAGCUAAUCACGCCCCCGUUUAAGCCAAAGUUGAAGUCUGAGACUGACGUCUCAUAUUUCGACCCCGAGUUCACCACUGCUCUGGAACAAAACGGUUCCCUCAACGAACGCGCUGCCGCAUUGGCUCGAGGCUAUGCCGCAUCUACACCUUUGUCUCCUUCUGUUCAAGCCAACUUCCAGGGGUUCACCUUUGUCGACGAAAGUGCUUUGGACGAUCACAUGAGAGAUCGAUUCAGAAAUGACGACGAAGAAAUGGAUGACGCCCAAGUACAGCAUGAUGAGGACGAUUGGGAUAAUUUGGACGAUAUUGAUACCAGGAAAGCGAAUCGUAUGAGCGGCAUUGUGAAAACGUCCACCACAGACGAACACAUGGUGGGUGGUGCUCACUUUGAUGUGUAA